GGCAAGAUAUGCACAUUUAAGAACAGAACAAAACUUUGAGAAAUCGUCAUGAAUGUUUUCAGUCUUCAUCCAUGUCUCAUUCACGUUUGAGGAUUACACUUAGUUUUGUUUUUUCAUUACACACAACUAUGCUGCUUCUCCUCUGCUUGACGUUCGUCGGUCUGUGCGCUGGACAAGGAAACUUUCACGACCAGUACGCCAAGUUCUUCGAGAUUAAUGUUGACACUAACAACAAUAAGAUAGCCGACCUCUCCGAAUUCCAAGCCAACUUCGACUCGUUCGAUCUGAACAAGGACGGCCAGGUGCCGGUAGCGGAAUACGAGAAUGCAACUGGAACCGUGGGAGCAGGACCAGCCACGUUCUUCACCCUCAUUGACCCUAACAGCGACGGCGUGAUACACAGAACAGAAGUGCCCGCCAUCCUCAACAGCUUCGACGUCAACGGAGACGGCAAGGUCACGGAGGAAGAGUUUAUCACGCACUAUACCGAUCUUUACAAGAAGGCUCUCGCCAUGCAGAUUUCCGUUGGUAAAUAGAUGCCCCUUGUAUGAAUAAAGAUAUGUGAAUAGCC